AAGAGCAGCCCUGGACCACUUGGAGUCAUUCCCAGAGAAACAAUGUCUGAUGGAGAACUUCAAAGAUUUGGAGGAGUCCCAGCGGCAGAGGGAGAUGGUGGAGCAGCGCUACAGCAAGUACAAAGAGAUCGUGUGGGACCUGCAGCACCAGCUGGACGAGUCCAAAUGCAGAAUCCAGGAGUACAGAGAGGAGAAGCUGGACGCGACCUCCAGGAGCCUGAGACUGGCGGCUCUUUCUUCCUCUAUCAAAGGGCCCAGCACCUUCCUUAGCAGCACGCUGAGAUCUGGCACACCCUCGCCUCACAGACGCCUGACCAGUUCAGACCUGGAUGAGUCCCCAGUGCACGGGGACAAACCCUGCACAAAUUAGCUCAACCUCAAGUGAACCUUUUUCGAAAUGUCUACAAAGCCGAACACACGGUGCUUACAGCUGAUUCUACCGGCCUGCUGCUCAUCCAGAACAAAGAAACUACUUGACUGUACGAGGAGGCCUUUGCACUCAACACUAAUCCUCCUCCACUACCUCAACCAUCCCUGAAGGUGCUCAGGGGCAGAGGACAAGACUGAGAGAUUUCAAAGCAAACUUUGAGAAUCACUUUGGAGGAGCUAUAAGUUUGGACACUGUAAAUGGGGAUAUACUGUAAAGUGCUAAAUGUUAUUUAUAAGAACCCAAAUUGAAUGUAUUUGAUGGAUAUGAAGAAAACUAAAACCAAAAUGGUUCCACUGUUACAUUUCUUGCCAUGGUUACAUUUUUACGACGUUUCUUUUUUAAAUACUGUUUGCUUUAUGACCAAAUUCUUAUUAUCAUGCAAACUGUGCUAAAACACUCAAAUGGAAAACUGGUGCCUUUUCAAAGUAGUUUUGCUUUUUGUUGUUGUCUUCAUCAUGACAAUGUGACAUCUCUUUAUGUAUUGCCCUAUUGAUGACUUUCUCUUUUUUGUUUUAUGCAGUAUAUAGUUGAGAAAAAAAAAAGCACAAAUAUGUCUAUUUUUCAUGAAAUGUGAAGCCAAUAUAUGCACUAUGAAUAAAUCUCCAUGCAGCCAAAUGU